GGGCUGGGAUUGGCUCAGCGAGCUGGAGGGGGCCGAGCCCGCCUCGGUGUCUGGGCUGGGCCGCCGCCGCUGCCGCCGCCGCCCUCAAUGUGAGCCCGCUCCCUUCCUGGCUGGCAGGCUGCCUCCCGCCCUCUCUGGUCCCAGGCGGGCACGGUGCGGGAGCACGAUCCGAGCCCGGAGCUCCCCUCCCAGCCGCUCGCGCCCUCCCUGCUGGCCCCGCGUCACCCUCUCCCCCCCUCCGUCCCUCCCAGGCUCCCCCCGGCCGAGCGAGCGAGCGAGCGAGCGGGACCGGCCUCUGCCCGCAGCCCCGACGGCCAGCCGGCCAGCCUCCCCCGGCGGUGCCCUCCUCCGCGGGACAGUUUUCCUGAAAACUUGGCUCGUGAAAUUUGGCCCCGUCCUCUGGAUGUCUAGAUCAGGCCCUCUGGAGGUGGCUGUUUGACUGGGACCAAAGAGGAUGCCAUUUCAGCUCAGCGGGGAUCUGUAGCCUCAGCCGAGACGCCGACAAGCUCCCCCCAGCGGACAGCCCUAAGAUGAGAUCUCUGGGAGACGCCUGCUGACUGCAGCUCCGCUCGGACUCCAGAGCCGGCCUAUGGGGCCAGGGAGAGAGUGACCAGCUGUCUGAAGCCCGCGUCCGUCCGUCCGUCCGUCCGUCCGAGCGAGCCAGCCCCUCCGACAGCAGAGCUGCCCGCCUGGAGGUAGCGAGCGCCCUCUGCAUUUCUUCUGUCCACCCUCGACCCAGCGUCACCCCGGAAAAUGGAAUCCAAAGUGUCUGAAGGGGGCCUGAAUGUGACCCUGACCAUCCGGCUGCUCAUGCAUGGAAAGGAAGUCGGGAGCAUCAUCGGGAAGAAAGGAGAAACGGUGAAAAAGAUGCGUGAGGAGAGCGGUGCGAGAAUCAACAUCUCUGAAGGAAAUUGCCCAGAAAGAAUUGUGACCAUCACUGGCCCGACUGACGCCAUCUUCAAGGCUUUCGCCAUGAUCGCCUACAAGUUUGAGGAGGACAUCAUCAACUCCAUGAGCAACAGCACAGCGACCAGCAAGCCGCCAGUCACACUCAGGUUGGUUGUGCCAGCCAGCCAGUGCGGGUCACUGAUUGGCAAAGGAGGCUCCAAGAUCAAGGAGAUCCGGGAGUCUACAGGUGCUCAGGUGCAAGUGGCGGGCGACAUGCUGCCCAACUCGACCGAGCGGGCCGUGACCAUCUCGGGGACCCCCGACGCCAUCAUCCAGUGCGUCAAACAGAUCUGUGUGGUGAUGCUGGAGUCCCCACCGAAAGGUGCCACCAUUCCCUACCGCCCAAAGCCCGCCUCCACCCCUGUCAUUUUUGCAGGUGGUCAGGUAAGAGCCGACCCGCUUGCUGCCUCCACUGCCAACCUCAGCCUUUUGCUGCAGCACCAGCCGCUGCCCGCCUAUACAAUUCAGGGACAAUAUGCUAUUCCACACCCGGAUAAUGCCCCUCGCUCCCCCUCGUCCACCCGCCACGGAGAACCUUGUCCCUGUGAGUCUUGUCAGGAUGCUCAUGGAAGCAGGUCGACCCAACAGCGUGGAGAGGCCCUUCGGACCAGUCCGCUGCCAAGUUGGGUCCCUCCCCACGUAUCGCAUGUGGGCUCUUCCUGCAGAAGGGAAGCUGGGAUGGCUGGCAGUGCCGGACUGCUUUCCUCUUAAGAGAUGUAGCACACCAGACGCCUGGCUUCAGGGGUAUCCUGGAAGCUGCCACCCACUCAGUUUACCUAGAGAUGGGGGGGGGGGGACACGCGUGUGUCUGUAUUGCCUUCAUUAGUCCCUGAAAAAAAGCAGCAGCAGCAGCAGCUUCAAGACGUGGAAAAUGAAUAGAUGAGAGUCCCUCCCACCUCCACGUUGUGUCAACUUCUUGCAUGCUGGUGAGCUUUGGAUGUUGAGAAUGUGUUGAGCAGAGAGUGUGUAGGACUGCGGAGGAGUCCGAGGCGUUGGGAGGGUGGGGGCCAGAUUCUUGUUACUCUGGGUGUUAGGAGAGUCCAGUCGUCUCCGUUGUAGUCUGUCAUUCCCUGGGAGAAAUGGGGGGGGGGAACACUGGCUACUGCACGAUUGUGCCACGCGUGGAUUUGCUGACUCUGCCCUUUGUCAGCGCCAUCUUGAUUGUUUCUAAACUGGAGAAAGCGGCUUUCUUGCCUUGUACGUGAGCGUGCCUCUGUGGGUGUCUGUGUGCGCACAUAAAACGACAGAAAAGCCUGGGGUCAAGCAGAGCCGCCCCUUGUAUGAGUUAGUGAUGGGGCGCCAAUUCUCCUAACUGGGCAUGGAGGGGAAGGAAAAGGCACUUGGAUAAGACAGUGAUGUGGCGAGGGGAAGGGAGCCCAAUGGGCACUGGGUCCCCGAGUCCUGGGCCUGUGCUGAAAGCGGUCUGUGCGCGUAGCACUUGGGAACAAGGAAAUGGCUUCUCCCUUCCCCACCAUGUCCAGAUCUGCUGCUCCCCUUUAUCGCCGUCUCCUCAUGCCUUUCCUUGUACACCAAGCAAAAGCAGCUCACCAGAGCCGACCCCCAGCACUGCUCCCCUGCCCAGGGUAGGGUCUGUCCAGCCCCACAGUCUCCCACCUCCCCAGAGACCUUUGACCCCACGCAGAGAAAGGCUCCCUUCCUGGCUCCUGUGCUUGAAAUAACGAUGGCCUCCGUGGCAGAGGGUUGGCCUUUCCGGGUUCCCAGGGCAGCCCAGUAGCUCUACCUGAAGCCUCCACACUGCGCAGGUAGGAAACCUCUCAGGCUUGGGCCAUCGCGAGCUUGCGGCCUCAAGCCGCCAUGUCUCUGUCCACACCAGAGCACUGAUGGACUCAAAUGGAAGGCAGAUGCUGAGAUGCAGAAGAACAGAAGAGGAGUUGGAGGGGCCUCCUGUGGCAGACUUGUGUGGCCUCCCAGCCUCUGCGCUUCCCUCAUUCAGGGGUCGAUCCAGCAGGGAGCUCGGUGUGCCAGGAGCCGGGCACGCAGUGGGCAGAUCUUCCAGGGAGUAUGGGGGGCAGCGUGAAGCCCCGGCUCACACACCUGAGAAGGAGGGCGAGGUGGCUUCGAUUUCUUGAGAGUGCCCCGGGGCAGCACUGAGGUAGAAUGGAUGGGGGUUAAGCACGGUUCACCCACUCGGGACCACAAGACUGGUGGCGUGAAAUUCACUCCACCAGGAUCUGUGUAUUUCCAUUGGCAGUCUGCCAACAUCAACUUGUUUGAUCCUCACAUCACCGGGAAGGGUGUGCUAUUGUUAUCCCCUUGUUACAGGCGAAGAAACUGAGUCAGAGUUAAAGUGACUUGCCCAGGGUCACACAGCUAGAAAAUAGCUGAGGCUGGAUUUGAACUCAGGUCUUCCUGACUCAAGGCCCAUUACUCUACCCACUGUGCCCUCUGGCUUUCUGUAAUUAUUGGGAAGACUACUGGCUUGGAGACCUUGGGUUCCUAUUGAUGCCAAAGGGAAAGGAUAGCCCAGGGUGAUUCUUUUUCCUACCCGAUCUCUCUGUUUGCUUCAGUCUGCUUUGCAGAGGUCACCCAUGGCACUCAGUGGGGGAGUUAUUGAUUAGGGCCUUCAGGGAAGCCAGGGAUCCCAAGAGGUAAAGGCCUGGAGGUGGGAGAUGGCGGGCAUCUGGCACCGCAGCUGUUUCUGACCAAGCAUUAAUCAGGAUGAACUAAGUGUGUUCUCCCUCCAUGGUGCCUCUAGCCAUUUCCCCUAAAGAGUCUGAACGCUCGGUGUCACCCUGGCCCCGACUGCCCAGGCGGCUGGCGUGGGGGUGUGGGCCAGGCCAUAAAGAGGCUCCUGGCUGCGGUUCGGCCAUUGUCAGCACUCUGCUCACAUCUCCCCGUCUUCAACCACGAGCUCCAGGAGGGGCUGGAACCAUUCAUCCUCUGUGGACGUCCCAGCCGGAUCCAACAGUUCUGGAUCUGAUGUCUUCCCUCUUCCUCGGGGCCCCCAGGGUGGCUCUCCGGUGGCCGGGGCGGGAUGUUUGUCCGGCAGCCACUCACCCCUCCAGGCGCCCCAUCCAUCAUUAAGACAGUUGGGAUAAGUCUCGUGGUGCUGACUGGCGGGCACCCGGACCACGUCUGGCCCCUGCAGAAGGGAGAGAGAAAGCCAGGGGCUGCAUCGGACCGGGGGGCUCUCGGGGACCUGAAGAGCCAGCAUGGCUUUGGGAAAGGUGUGAAAAGAACAGAUGCCUAACUGAGGCGGGCCUGGCCACCGGCCAGUCCAGCCAGCCUUCUGCGAACCCUCUAAAGCCUGGCUGAGGAGAUCAACCACCCGCGCAUUCCCUGAGCAGAAGCGGCACGGUCUGUGCGGACUCGGGGCUCUCGGAGACUUCCCUGACUGAUCCCCGAGCCCAGGAAGCCAACACGCGUGGCCUUUGCUUACCACGUUGGGCUGCUGGCAAGUCCUGGCUCUGGGCUGGCGUUCGUGGAAAAGCCCGUCAGAAGCGGGGCUCGUCCCGAGCUCUUGGCACGGAGCUGUCUGCCGGCUUCCCUGAUGCCGCCGCCGCCGCUGAUCGGAGGAUGGCAUCAGCAGGCGGAUCGGGUGAGCCUCCGACGGUUGGCUCCGGCUGGCAGCAGGUCCCACACUGGCAGAGGGCAUCUGGGCCGCCGUAGGGACGGAGCCAGGAGGAGGCACGACCAAGCCUUGACCCAGGAGAGCUGCACCCAGCUGUUGUGCGGACCCUUCACGACGGCGACUCCCCGAUGAGCAGCCUAGCCUGGGUCUGCUGGGGCUGGUCGACCUCCACUGCGGAGGAGGGCCGAGAUGGCAUCAGUCGUGCGCAGGGUGCCCGGCUCUGGCAGCCAGACCGAGACAAGCUUGCGAGGCUCUACCGCAGCCUGGGUCCGAAGAGCCUGGACAGAGGUGGGGCCUGGAGACAUCUCCCGGCUCCUUCGCUCUCCUGCCCGGCGCCUCCUUGCCGUGGGCCUGCCAUGCCACGUGGAGCCGAGAGAGGAGGGGAUGGAGGACGGGAUGGGUGUCCUCAGCGCAGCAGGGCUGACGGCCCCCUCCCUGGAGGGCUCCUCCGCUGGGGACGCUGCCGGCCCAAGACUGCCUGAGGGAAAGCCAAGCGAAUGGGGGGACAGGAUGCUCCACGCUGGCUCCAGGGAGGAUGAGCCACGGCCUGGGGCCGCCUGAGAGGCACAGUGGGGAAGGGCCCCAGGCAGGGGGCAGAGAAGAGAGCGGCCCAAGGCCAAGGGGCCAGCUCAGACCGGGCCCUCCAGGCCUGGGAGCCGGAAGCAGCCACCGCUGGAGAGCUCCCCUUGGGGGCCUGCUUUUGGAGCGGCCGCCAUCUUGUAUGGAUGACACCAGAGCCACGGGGGGCUGCCGUGGCAGGGACCCUGCUUCUGAGGCUCUCCUCGUCUUAGGGAAACACCACCUCGUGCUCACACGGCCUCUCGUCCCCGGGCUGGGAGGGGCUCCCCAAAGCCCCACCCCGGGAUCAGGGGUCUCCAGCCCGGCCCAAGGCCUGCACAUGCUUUCUGAGGGCUCUGGCUGCUGAGCUGCUUCCCAAUGAGAGCCCUCGUGGCCGUCCCCCAGGCUCAGGGGCCGCUCUCUGUGCUGGGCAUCCCGGCCUGGGCUCCACUUCAGAGAUGGCGAGGGUCACCCAAAGGGUGUGCUAGAGAGGAAGAAGGGAGCCCCUCGGACAUUAUCGAGUUCCGGCUGCCCACGUCCGAGAGCAGGGCCAAGGCCGUUGGCAUCUGUGCCCAGAGCCACGGGCCGGGACUCAAACCCAGGCCUCCCAACCCCAGCCCCGUGCUCAUUCUGGAGUGUUUGUGCGGGUGGGGAGAAUCCUCCCAUCCUGGCUCUUUGGGGUCUGCCAAGCACUUUGCCCCCCUCUUCUCACAGGGUCACCACGACAGCCCUGCCAGGGGAAGCCUGUUAUUAUCUGCGUUUGACAGAUGAGGAGAAGGAGGUUCAGAGAGGCACAGCGGCUGGCCAGUGCUCCUAGCCACAGGUUAGGCCUCUCCUCAAGGUGCUGGGAGGCGGAGCCCGAGAAGGAGAGGAUGCAGGAGGCUUCUUGCGCCCCCGAGGGCUGGGGCUCUGGAGCUCGUGGGAGUGUUCCGACAGGCCAGGGCAGCCCCCGCGGGGUUCCCAGCUGCUUUCUGAGAGAUGCCAAACAGAUGGAGCCACCUGAGCGGCUGCCCCCAGGCCGGGCCCCACCUGCCUGCCCGGCCUUCAGGGUCUGUUGUUCCGUCAUUCUUCGGUCGUGUCCAACCCUUCAUGAUGCCCUUUGGGGUGUUCUUGGCGAGAUGCCAGGCUGGCUGGCCCUCUCCUGCUGCGGCUCAUUCUACAGAUGAGGAAACUGAGGCAAGCAGGGUGGGGCGCCCUGUCCUGUUUCAGCCCGAUAGUGAGUGUCUGGGGCAGGAUCCGAACUCUGGCCUCCCUUGCUCUGGGCCCAGCCCUACGCCGCACCUCAAACAGACGCAGAAGGCUUGGUGAGCCUCAGAGCGCCCUAGAAACGGGAGCUAUUAUGGCUGGGUUCCCUUAGUUCUUUGGGUGUCCGUUUGGGCGCGUGGAGUUCUCCGGCUCUGCCCGCUGAGCCUCUCCUGCUCGUGCCUCCCCGCUGCGGAGCCCGCCGGGCCUCGGGGUCUCUCCCCAUUUCUGGGCUUCCUCUGAGGACCGGCUGGGGUUGGGACCUUCUUCCAGGCCCUGCAUGCCUGCUCCAUUGCAGACGAGCCUCCCCGCCAGGAGGAGCGGCGCCCGGGGCGCGGGGGCCGGGCUCCGCCACCACCGCGUUUCUUCCUUUGAGCUCUGGAAAUGAGCUUGCAAUGGCUGCUUCUCGGAGCUUGGUCUCAGGGAGCGCCCAGUGGCUUGCACUGCUUGAUGUGGCGCUAAUCUGGCCCUCACAACCCUGCGGAGAAGAGAGGGGCUGCCACCACCCCAUUGCACAGAGAAGGAAACUGAGGCUCAGAGGCGAAGGAACCUUCUCAGGGCAGCACAGUCAGGGAGCUUCAAGGGUAGGCUUUUGUUUUUAAUAAGCCCUUCCCUUCUUAGGAUCUAUGCCAAGGCAGAAGAGUGGUCAGGGCUAGGCAAUGGGCGUUAGGUGACUUGCCCAGGGUCACCCAGCUGGGAAGUGGCUGAGGCCACAUUGGAACCCAGGACCUCCCAUCUCUGGGCCUGACUCUCCAUCCACUGAACCACCCAGCUGCCCCCAAGGGCAGGUUUUGAACUCUGGUCUUCCUGAUUCUGAGUCCAGUGCAUGAUUCCCAGCCCCAGGUAGCGGGGUGCUGCAUUGUGAAGAUAAGGACUCUCCUUAAUGGGGUGUUUUGGAGGAGCCUGCAGAACUCUCCACGGCGCACCCUGGAUGGAAGAGAAGGCCCAGGCGGCCCAGGAGAGGGCUGGGCAUGGAGAGGCGAGCCAAGGGUGCUCUCCCAUCUCCAGAGGAGGAAGGGUUAGAGGAACAUCUCGGAGUCCAGAUGGAGGAAUGGAGACCUGGAAGUCACACGGGGGAAGCAGAGCCGGCCAAGUGCCCCCUGAGCCUCCGCAGUAUGCGCGCUCCUCGUCUCCCUCUAAGGGAGCACCCGGAGGGCAGGGCCUUCCUCUCGGCCUCCCCAGCUGCGGGCACUUAUACCUGCCUUUGUUUGAUUCGUGUUCUUUGGGGCUGCUCUCCUGUGGCAGUCACCGACGGCCCCUUGCCGAGGGAAUGGGACAACCCGAGGACCCGCAGGGUGCACGCCGGAGUCCCCCCUGAAGGGCGCUGGGCGCACGCGCCAGGCUCUGGUGGGUGGGGCGGGCCCCAGCGGGCUCUUCGGGGCCCGGAGUCCAGCCGCCACCAGAGCCCUCGUGCUGGCUCAGGCCCCGGCGCGGCCCGGGGGGUCUCUUUUCUGACCUUUGCCCACCAGAGCCGCCCGCCUUCCCUUUCAGCGGCUCUGGCAGGGACGUUCUCAGACGGGCCCGGCGGCGUGGCCACGGCGGGGAAGAGCGUCCCUAGUGGGAGCCAAGAUGGUGCCUCAGCGGGGGGAGCCCUCGUGGCCUCGGUGGCCUGCCAGAGUCACCAGCGACAGGGCGGCGCGCCUUGGGGGACCCGGAUGGUCUGUAUGAGCCGUGUGACGAGGCUUUGCCUCCGUCCCCUCGAGUGCAAACGGGGCUCGCAUCGCCCCUGGCUCUUGAGUGUGAGGCGGGUCGCUGCGCCUGCGUGUGGAUGGAAGGAUGCACGCCCACGGGCCCCUGGGCCUGUCUUCAGAGAUGUGCCUGGGUGUGUACGCAAAAGUGUGUGCACGUGUGUGUGCGUGCGUGUGCAUAUGUGCCGUGUGCACAUUGCAUUGUGUCAUCUGCAUGUGUGUGUGCCCAUGCCUGCGGGUGUGAACAUGUGUGUGCACACGUGUCACGUGUGCGUGUGGGUGUGUACAUGUGUGGCACGUGGGGUGUGCCCUGCACACAUGUGUCCUGUGUGAGAACAUGUGCCUGUGUUUACAUGUGUGGCAUGUGUGGAGUGUACACGUGUGUACACAUGUGUGGCGUGUCGGCGUGUCUGCCCCUCAGCGUACAGAGAGGAAGCAGAGUCCUCCCGCGCUGCUGCCGUCCAGUGUCCCCAGCAGACAGACGGUGGCUCCAGCCUCCUCCCCGCCUUCCCUUGUGCAGCACCGAGUGGGCAGGGGUCCGCAGGCCCUCUGCGCCCAGGGCGCCCCCCCCGGCUGCCGCCAUCUCUGCCCUCCUCGGGGCCGCAGGCCGUCCCGGCUGACCGAGCGCGGCGAGGAGAGGGUCGGAAGGAAGCCUGGCCGGCCCUCGGCCCGCUUUGGGCUGGGAAGCAGAGAGGCCGCCGCCAGGCUGCCACGCACGUCCGAGAGCCCCCGGGGGAGCUUGUGGCCUGGCCUGGAGGCCGCCGGAGCCGGGGAGGCCCAGAGCGCCUGCGGUUCUCCUCUCUCGGGGAGGCCACGGCGUGCUUUGGGCCGAGCCAGGCCUGGACAGAGGGAGAGAUGGGCGGAAUCGCCAGAGGAGAAACGGGCCGGCGCUGGGAGCUGGACGUGGCCGCCAUGGCUUCCGCGCAGCCUCGCUUUGUCUCCCCAGGUCGCGCCGUGCACCCUGGGCAGUGCCCGCCCUGGGGAAGGGCCGGUGCCCCUGGGAAUGGCUCCGUGAAAGGAAGGGGGAGGCCGGGCAGAAGAGAGGGUUGCCCACGGCUCGGGGGUCCUGGAGGCCCAGCGAGGGCCUUCUCGAGUCCGGGAGGAAGCCGCCGGCGUGCCGCAGGCCUCCGGUCCGCGGGAAGCCACGCGCCAGUCUGGUGGCCCCAGGCGAGAGGAGCCCUCAGCGCAGCCGCUUCCUGCAGCCACCAAGCGGCUCGCCCUCGGCGCCUGCCCAGCCCAGCCCCGUGCUGGCACCUUCUGCCUUGGGCACCCCGUGCCAGGCGUUGGCGGCGCAUCCAUCGAGGGCGCUGGGCACCAGCAGGGAGGCACCCUGACCGAGGGUGGCCGCCCUGGCGGGGACGAUGCUUUCAGCUCUCCCUUUCACGAUGGAAAGCUCCGUCCGGGCACCCGAAGCGCCUGGCAUCGUGCGCGGGUGCCCACCCGGCACGUGCUCUGUGCCCGGGUCCUGGCUCAGCCGGCCUCACUGGCCGCCCCUCCUUGGUGAAGGGAGCGCGGAGGUGCCCCGGCCGCGUGGGCCCCACUCUGUGCCAGGGGAGGAGGACGGAGCCGCUGGGCCAGGCCUCGGGGGCAGAACUGGCAUGGAGAGGUCCGAAGCCCCCCGCGAGACCCCUCUGAGAGUGAGCGGAGGCGGGGGGGGCGCUGGCACCGCUCGCAGCUCUGCAACCUCAGCCUUCCCCCAAAGAGGGGCCGGGGGGGUCCUCUCCCGUCUGCCCUGCCGGGGGCUCCCUCCUUCUCCCGGGCCCUCCCUGCCCUCUCGUGCCCGGGUUCCCCAGGGCCACUGCUUUGCGUCCCCCCUGUGGCUGCUGCGUGGCUGCCCUGCCUUCCCUCCCCCCCAGGGCCCAGGCUCCGUGUCUCUGCGCCUCUGGAGGUGCCCAGGACCUCGUGUCGGGGGAGGGGCUCCGCACACCCUCCAGGCGCGGCAACCUGGCCAGCUUGGCAGGGCCCAAAGACCGUGUGACCGCGCCGACUCCGUGCCAGGGCGGCGCCUGCCCUGCUCAGGGACAAGAGCUGGGCCCGGAGGGCGGGAGGUGGCAGGGCUUUAGGGCCACGGUUAGAUCCCGAGGGGGGCGGCACCCCUAGAGAGCCCGCAGACACCGGGCUGCUCAGCCCCUGCCUCAGUGGGCCCCCAGGAAGGCAGGUGGAAGUCCCGGAGCCUUGGCAGGGGAGGACCCAGGGGCCCAUUGGCCCAGCGGAGCCAAGGCUGCCCCUCCCGGCCAGCAGCAGCGAGGGAGCGCGGCUGCCAGCGAUCCGGGCUUCCUGCAUUUACCCAGGCCAAGUCCUUGUGUUGGUGUUGGUUUGUGUGGGCCGUGGCUGCCGUGGCGCCCCGUGUUCUGUUCUCAGUACCUCCUUGUUUGAUUUUGCUUCACUGUGACGUGUACUCGAUGACAAUAACCUUCUUAGUUCUAAUGUCCCUCCUACCCCUCAGCAGUUGACCAAGCUCCACCAGUUGGCCAUGCAGCAAACCCCCUUUCCUCCCCUUGGACAGACCACCCCCGCUUUCCCUGG